AAAUUGGCAGCAUUUUGCAGAUCGGAGCGCAAAUGCGUCUUUCAGUUGAAUGAAUCCGGAGAAGUGCUUUUUGAACUAUGAGUAAACUCAGUGAUCAAUAUGAAAGUGUAUUUGAUAGUGAACAUUGUCUUCACAUUCAACAUGCUGAACUAUGUUUAUUGUGCGAUGACUAUGAAGCAACUCAGAAAUUCCCUUGAUGUCAUGCGACGGGCUUGUGCGCCUAAAUUUAACGUUGAAGCAGCUGCACUUGACCAAUUGAAAGAAGGCAAAUUUAAACCGGACCCCGAGAAGGAACUCAAAUGCUACACAAUGUGCAUCGCUCAAAUGGCGGGAACGAUGACGAAGAAAGGCGAACUAAGCUACUCAAAAACGGCCGCCCAAUUCGACGCUAUGUUUCCUCCAGAUCUCAAAGGACCUGUUAAAGAAGUACUAGACGCAUGCAAGGAUGCACAGACGCCCUAUAAAGAUCCCUGCGAUAGAGUGUAUUUCUCAUUGAAGUGUGCUGCCGAAACGAAUCCCGAUGUGUUUGUUUUCCCUUAACGUACCAUGGAAACUCCUGGGAAUUGAAAAAAAGCUCGAUCUAAUCGGAAACAAUUAAAAAACAGUGAUUUCAGUGUUAUAUGUUAGCCUGCAAUUAAAAUAAGUUUUCAGAACCACGUUUUAAA